UUUCAAAUUUUUUUCGGCUGAAGCUGUUUGAAAAAGCUGGAGUAGACCAAACUUGCACAGCUCGUGUAUAUCGAGUGGCAAUAAUUUAUCGCCGGCAAGAAAAAAAAACUGGCAACACUGCUAUCGGGCCGGCGUGCCCAUAUUUAUAUGUCACUUUGUUACAACAAUUUAAUGCAUGUGCAUAUAGAAUAUAAGAUUUGUUAAGCAUGGAUUUAAACGAACUGUUGCAGCAGGCACAACGCCUGACAAAUGAGACCAAAAUGGAUGUGGAGCUGCCGCGCGUAGAGCGCACGCUCUCCCAAGUGCUGCAAGCAACACAGGAAUUACAUUCGCGCGUCACCCAAACGGGCACAAACGAUCUGCAAGCACACAUAUUGCUGGGGUCGCGAGGCGUAGAUUUGCCCAAGCUCGCACAGAAACUGGAAUUGUUAAGCGCGCGUAAAUCUUUCGAACCAUUGAAUCCCAUUGCUGACACCGAUGUGCUUGGGUAUUUAAAGAAUGAGCGCGAGAAUGCUAUUAUUGCUGUUAUUGAGGAGACAAACAGAAAUAUAUUCAAGACUGUAGAGCGUAACAAGAUACGCAGCAUAUUUGCCGAGUGGGGCGAUGAAAAGGAGCGUUUACUUAACGCUUUAGUUGGUCCCGAUCAUGAUGAUUUCGGUGCUGUGCAUCGCCAAAUGGUGCCGACAGUAUUGCCGCAGAUACCGCAUCCGCGUUCGCGUCUCAGUCGGAUGGAGACGCUCUACGCCAAGGAGAUAAGCUUUUACAAUCAGCAACAAAGCAGCAACCAACGUGCUGGCCUGCUAAACAAGCUUAACCUGCUGGUCAAAACUGACACCGAUGAGUUUGACGUAACGAUUAGCGAAAUGUGGGCCGUGCUGGCUUAUAUGUCGAAUGUGGCGCCAGUUUCGCGCAAUGUUGAACCCAUAAAGUCUCGUCAAUCGGGCCACAAAUUUGCGCAGCAGGCGCGCCAAUAUCUGGAGCAGCGCUACAAAGAAUACAUGAAAACUAUCAUACAAAAGAAUCGCAUUGUGGCUCAACGCGGCGGCAUACCCAAUGUCUACAAUACGGUCGGUUCGUAUGUAAAUAUUACUUUCCAGAAGGCGCAGUCGUUGCUAGGACUACACGAUGUGGCCGAUGGACGCCCGCUGUGGGCGCUAGUCUUUUAUUGCUUAAGAUGCGGUGGUCUUGAUGCUGCCAUCCAGUACCUCAGCGAGGCUGGCAGCUGCUCCGAGUUGAUCAAGUUGUUGCAGCAUAAGAAGCAGCUGCUAAAGGAACGCUCCACGCAGCACGAGCUGGGUGAUUUGGAGCGUCCGCAUGCCAAGCUGGAGGGUCAGCUAAAGCUGGAGUAUUGCAACAAGCUUCGUAACUGCACUGAUCCCUACAAGAAGGCGGUGUAUGCCGUUAUCUUGGCCUGUGAUCCGCAUGAGCAGCAUGCGGAUAUUGUGCAUAACAUCGAGGACUUUCUCUGGAUACAGCUGUCCGUGCUGCGCAGCGACGAACACACUGAUUAUCACGGCGAUCGUCUUACCUACGGUGGCCUGCAGUCGCUUAUUUUGGAAAAGUAUGGCGAGAGUUAUUUCAAUGCACACGAGAAGGCGCCGCUCUAUUUCCUGGUGCUCGUGCUCACGGGUCAGUUCGAGUCCGCCAUUGAGUUCUUGGCGCGCACGGAGAAACUACGCGCUCAUGCUGUGCACAUGGCCAUAGCAUUGAAUGAGCUUUCGAUGCUGGCCACACCCAGCAAUGUGCAACAGCCGCUGCUUAGCGCCGAGCCCACUGAUCCCAAGCCCAUGCGUCGUCUUAACUUGGCGCGUCUCAUCAUCAUGUAUGCCAAGAGCUUUGAGCAAUCGGACACCAGCCUGGCGCUGCAAUAUUAUUACAUGCUGCGCCAUUUCAAGGCCUCCGAUGGACGCAACCUCAUGCUGACUUGCGUUUGUGAUCUGCUGCUGGAGCAUUCCGAUGAGAAGAUGGUGCUGUUGAUCUUUGGCACGCCAGAUCCUCAUGAGCCGAAUCUCUAUGUGGGCGGCAUCUUUUCACAGUUUCCGACUAUGGAGCAGGACAAGUAUGCGCUGGCCGGCAUGGCGGGCGAUGAGCUGGCAAACCGCAUACAGUUUGAGGCGGCGCUGGGUCUCUACAUCAUAGCUGGGCAGCUGGAUAAGGGAUUGCGUUUGUUGUGCUCACUGCUUACGCAGGUGGUGCAUCAACCUAUGCGUCCCGGUGGCAUGCGUGAGCAGCUGCUGCCGCUGACGGAGCAAAUGGAUUUGGCGCUAACCAGGCGCAAAUGCGAUAUAGAUGAGCAACUGUUGUCGAUGUAUACACGCUUGAUUCAGCUGCGCAGUUUCUUUGACUACUACCAUGCAGGUGAAUCGCGUAAGGCUGCCGAGACGCUAGCCAAGCAUCACAUUACGCCCGAUAGCUGCAAUGAUGUCGAUGACUGCAUCAGCAACUUGAAGCAAAUCGGCGCCGAUGUGAUUAAGGUUAUGCCCGAUGUGCUGCUGGCUGCCAUGAGCAUCAUCUAUGAUGAAUAUAAGACACUCAAGUCGAAUAGAUCCAGCAUUACCAGCAGCAAUGUUAGUCUGGCCCUAGAGGAUGCCACCCGGUCACAGAGUCACGAGGAACUGCUGCAGUUGCAGUAUCUGCGUGGACGCGCCAAGGCACUGACCAAUAUGGCUGCAACACUGCCCUAUCGCAUGCCGGCCGAUACCAACAAUCGCCUUGUGCAGCUGGAGAUUUUGAUGCACUAACCGUUCUUGCUUUGUUUACAUAAAUGAAGUUCGCUUUUAUUAAAAAUUAGUUUAUAUAGUAUAUGUAUAUGUGUGUAUAUCAAAUGGUUAUUGGAAAAUUUUGUGCG